AUGGAUUUUAUAAAACGCUUUCACUUCAUCCAAAAGUUGAAGGACAACAACAAAAACAGCAAUAAUGCAACUUCAUUGGGACAACAGAAAAGUAAAAGAUCAAUCUUCAGUCAUCACAAUAAUGAUCGCCUUGUGUCAUCCAAUGUACAUGAUGCCAAGCACCCGGAUAGCGAUGAUGAUGAACAAGAUGAUGAUGAUUACGACGAGUACAACAGCAACACACUGAUAUUCCGCCAAAAGCCGUUGCAUGCGAUUACCAUAGCAACGGCAAAUACUAAAAAACCCAGGACACCAGACACUAGCAAAAGCAAAAGCGCCCGCCCUACACAUCAGCUCUACAUUCAGCAUCAAAAGAAUCAAAGUUCAACCGUGAAAAGCCAGUUGCUAUCAUUAUCAUCGUCGAAUGACGUUCGGCAACACAAGCAAUUGAGUAUAGCUUUUGAGGGCAAAGGAACCAAAUACAUCAACAAGAAUGAAAAGCAACUGCCAGCAAAACAUACUCAUCACAAACAAGAGAAAUCAGCAACGCAGCAUCCAAAAAAAGACUCGACAUUGUAUGCACCAUUCACUGAACGUCCAGAAAUCAUAGAAGAUGAUUAUAUACCCUUACCAACUGUCACCCGAAAAUACAUUGAUCCACCACCGGAUGUAUUGCUUGAUUCAAUACCACCAUUCCAUCAUACCCACAAAAGACAUCACUCCAAUUUGCUCGAUAAUGACAGCACCACCACGAGUACAGUAGCAUUAUCACCGACAACUACAGCUGUUGCUCCCUUACAAAAACCAAAGAACAAGCUGGUCGUCGACACCAAACAACUGGAUGACACAUCCGUUGCAUUUAUUGGUGCCUGGCUCUCUAGAAAUUCUGCCGCUCUCGAGACCAACAAUGUCGACAUCCAGCAAUCAAUCCACAAAUCUACCACGUUUUAA